CAGGACCUGGCUGUCCCCAACCCCUCCUGGAGUGACACCAUGAGGCGACACUUCGGUCACCUGGAGGCCACCGAGGGCUGGACGCGCCUGCCCUCCUACCGCCGGGCACAGCUCCACUUCCGGGGGCCAUCGGGGGACACCUCUGGGGCCACCCCGGGGAACACGCGGCUGUUCCCGAGGGCCAUCGAUGUUCCGGGGGCGGGGUUCGAGUACGUGAUGUUCCUCUGUGUCCCCCAGCGCCGCCUGCGCUGCCUCUGCCAGCCCGGGCCCUUCCUCGAGGGACACCCGGGGCUGACCCACGGUGGUGCCCUGGCCACCCUGAUCGACAGCUCCCUGGGGACACUGGCGCUGGCGGUGGCCGGGAGGGUGGUGACAGCCAACCUCAGCAUCGACUACGUCCUGUGA